AUGGACUGCUAUCCACUGAUCAACAAGAUAUCUACUCAGUUUCAAAACUGGCAAAGGAAGAAAGCUCUAUCCUAUGCAGGAAGACUACAGCUGAUUAAAACUGUUAUUUUGGGUAUCCAGCUCUUUUGGACUAGCAACUAUGUUCUCCCAGUUAAAGUCCUGGAAAAAAUUGAUAAUCUCUGCUCUGAAUUCUUGUGGAAUCACAAAAUACAUCUGAUAUCGUGGUCUGCAGUAUGUCAAAGUAAAGAGCAUGGGGGUUUGGGGAUUUUCUCUGCUAGAAACUGGAAUCUUGCAGCGGCUAUGAAGCUCCUCUGGAUGAUACACCUUAAGAAGGAUCUAUUAUGGAUCAAGUGGAUUCAUGGGCAUUACCUAAGGCAGUCAAGCAUCUGGCAAGUGCAAAUUAAAUUGAAUGAUUCAUGGAUGUGGAAGCAAGUGCUUAAAGUGAGAGAUAAAAUGAUAUCCAAGUUUGGAAAUAUAUCAAAUGUGCAGAAUAUCAUCACAAGGUGCUGUUUUGGAGAUAAAAUUCAGAUUUCUUCUAUCUAUAAUGGAAUCAUACAGCAAAAUGCACCUGUUGUUUGGUCCAGAACAAUCUGGGAUGGAUGGAUGUAUCCUAAACACUCCUUUAUACUUUGGCUUGUUGUUCAAUAUAGACUGUUAACAAAAGCCAGGUUGUGUCACUUGGGGAUCCUCGACACUAACUCCUGUGUUCUAUGCACUCAUCAGAAUCAUGAAACCAUUGGACAUCUUUUCUUUGAAUGUGAAUUCUCAGCAACUAUCUGGAACAAAGCUAUGGAAUGGAUGAAUUUCAGGUGGAAAUCUUGCAACUGGGAGUAUGUUAUUCAAUGGUAUAGUGAAAAACUGAAAGGAAAGGGUUUCAUGAUGAAGCUUAAGAGAUUGGCACUAUCAGCCACAGUCUAUGCUAUAUGGAAAGAAAGGAAUCAAAGAAUUUUUAAGCAAGAAGCUAAAGAAGCCGAAUUUGUGUUUAAGACAGUGAAGCUUCAAAUUCUUUCUAAAGUCCUAAAUGAUGAUGUUCCUCUCCACAUAAAAGAAAGAAUUGAGCAAAUGUAA